GAUCGCACACACUGACAUUGUACAGCCUGAGAGCAACAGGCAGGAGCGGAGGCUCGGAGUGCCGGGGACUGAUCGGGGACUAAUCAGGGACUGAUCGGUGGAGUGUGAUCUCUGGACUGAACAUCGCCAUCAUCCGGGGACAAGUUGAAGGUGUCGGAGCUGCACCAGGAUGCACCAUGAGGAUGUCUCCCCCCUGCUACGACCCAGAUAUGGCUCUAUCGUGGAUGAUGAAAGGCUUUCUGCGGAGGAAAUGGAUGAAAGGAGGCGACAAAACAUUGCCUAUGAGUAUUUAUGCCACCUAGAGGAAGCCAAAAGGUGGAUGGAAGCCUGUCUGGUUGAAGAGCUGCCCCCAACCACAGAGCUGGAAGAAGGCCUAAGAAAUGGAGUCUACCUGGCCAAGUUAGGAAGGUUCUUUGCUCCAAAGAUGAUCUCAGAAAAGAAAAUUUAUGAUGUGGAGCAAACACGGUUUAAGCGGUCUGGCUUACAUUUUCGGCAUACAGAUAACACCGUACAGUGGUUGCGGGCUAUGGAAUCAAUAGGACUGCCUAAGAUAUUUUAUCCAGAGACCACCGAUGUUUAUGAUCGGAAAAACAUUCCACGUGUCAUAUACUGUAUUCAUGCAUUAAGUUUAUAUCUGUUCAAGCUUGGAAUUGCCCCACAAAUACAAGACUUACUGGGAAAAGUGGACUUUACAGAGGAGGAGAUCAACAACAUGAGGAAAGAGUUGGAAAAAUACGGUAUUCAGAUGCCCUCAUUCAAUAAAAUAGGAGGAAUCCUGGCCAAUGAACUGUCUGUGGAUGAAGCCGCCUUGCACGCAGCUGUAAUUGCAAUUAAUGAAGCGCUGGACAAGGGAGUAGCCAGUCAGACAAUGGUGACCCUUAGGAAUCCUAAUGCAAUGCUAUUAAAUGCGGAGGAGAGAUUUGACCAGCAGUACCAUGAUGAGCUUUCUCAAGCUAAGAAAAUAAAAGAGGAGAAUGCUAAAUUGAAGAACAGCAGUAUUUCUGAGGAGGAGAGAGAUGUGUAUGAAGAACUGCUCACACAAGCAGAGAUACAAGGUCACAUUAAUAAGGUUAACACUAAUGUAGCCUUAGUCCAAGUAAAUGAGGCCAUUGGCAGGAAUGAUGAAGCUGGAUUGUUGCAGGCUCUGAUGCUUCCUAUUCUCAGUAUAUUUGACGUUCAACCACAAAAUUCUCCCUGGUACCUGACUCAGUUGAGUACUGCUAAAGACCAAAAAACUCAGAAAGCAGGUGUCCCCAGUUCCCUUGACAAAAGCGAGAUACAGAAAGAAGUUAGUGUUGCCAAUAAGGAGGCUGAGGCUAACGUACUUACUUUAGGAGCCGUGGAAAAGAUAAAUAAUGCAAUACGCAGUGGCGAUGCCUCACAAACCAUGGUGGCUCUGCAGAUUCCCGAGGCGCACCUGCCAGCUGUACAUCCCUUUGCAGAGACUUUAUACCAGAUCGAGCUGCUCAGCCUGCAGAAGCAAAAUCCUGAGAACUACUUAACGCAAGAACAGCUGUUUAUUGCUGUGGAGAUGUUAUCUGCUGUUGCGCUGCUGAAUCAAGCUCUUGAGACCAGUGACAUGAACUCUAUCAAUGCACACCUUGCCAGCCAGGCCAUAGGUUUCAAUAAUUUGGAGGAAGACAGCAUGCAACGUUAUGUUGGCAAGUUGGUGUCUGGGAAGAAGGAAGCUGCAGCACAAGGACAAAGCUAUUUAAGUUGGAAUGAAAUUCAGACUUGCAUAGAUGCUGUCAACAGCGAUGUCCAAGAGGAACAUGAAAGGAUUAUCGCCAUCGGUUUAAUUAAUGAAGCCCUUGAACAAGGUAUUCCCGAUAAAACUUUAGAAGCACUUUUGUCUCCAAGUGCUAAACUUCAAGAAGUCAUACCAGAAAACUCCUGGCAUUACCACGAUGUGCUUCAUAAGGCCAAGGCCCAAAAAUGCAAGGAUUGCAAGGAUGAAUCAGCCGCUCUCUGGGUAGAUGAAAUACAGAAGGGAGUCAUUGAUUCCAAUCAGGACACACAAGAGGCACUUAAAGUGGCAGCUGGUGUGGCAGAAAUUAACCUGGCUUUGGAGAAAGAGGAAGCACCACAUACCCUUCAAGCACUGCAGUCGUCUAAGGCAGGAUUAAAGGGGAUCGUUCCAGAGUGUGCAGAGGCUUAUCAUAAGGACCUUUCAGAGUCCAAAAAAAAUAAGACCGGCGAAGCAGCACAGGAGAGCUCAUGGCUGAAGGUAAAACUGAAGGAUCAGUAUGACUACUAUUAUAAUAUUGAAAGCAAUGAAGGCCACUGGACUGUACCAGACGGGAUCACGCCAAAGACUUCAUGGCUUACCAGAGAAGAGAUCCAGGCCAUUGUGGGAAAGAUCACCGCGGAUUACAACCGAGAACAGUUGUGGAUGGCAAAUGAGCAUCUGAUUAUUCUGCUGCAAGUGCGGAUUAGAGGCUACCUGAUCAGAAAGGCAUACCAAGGGAGGAAGACCUACCUCCACCAACAAGAGCCAUACGCUGUUAAAAUACAGUCUUCUUGGAAAGGAUAUAAACAGAGGAAAUCGUAUACUGACAGACUGAAACUACUGCAAGGAAACAUUAUAGGCAUUGUCAAGAUUCAGUCAUGGUUCCGGAUGCUAAAAGCAAAAAGAGAAUACCAGAAGAGACUUCAGUAUUUUAAAGAACACGAGAAAGAAAUAAUAAAAAUACAAGCAUUUCUCAAAGCUAACAAAGCCAGAGAUGACUACAGGACAUUAAUUUGCUCAGAAAACCCCCCUCUUAAUGUGGUCAGAAAGUUCGUCCAUCUCCUGGACCAGAGUGACUUGGACUUUCAGGAGGAGUUGGAAGUGACCAGGUUACGAGAAGAAGUGGUGACAAAAAUUAGGUCAAACCAGCAGCUGGAAAAAGAUCUCAACCUCAUGGAUAUCAAAAUAGGCUUGCUGGUGAAGAAUAGGAUCACUUUACAGGAUGUUGUGUCUCACAGCAAGAAACUGAACAAGAAGAGCAAAGAUCAAGUGGAAGAGAUGCUGACGGUGGAUAAACAAGGCAUUAAAGGGCUAAGUAAGGAGAAAAGGAAAAAGCUGGAAGCCUACCAGCAUCUUUUCUAUCUCCUGCAGACUAACCCAUCAUACUUGGCCAAGCUGAUUUUCCAAAUGCCUCAAAACAAGUCCACUAAGUUUAUGGACACUGUGAUCUUCACACUCUAUAAUUAUGCAUCUAAUCAACGGGAAGAAUACCUUCUGCUGAAACUCUUUGAGACUGCUCUGCAGGAAGAAAUCAAGUCAAAAGUUGACCAAAUACAAGAUAUAGUGACUGGAAAUCCAACAGUGAUAAAGAUGGUGGUCAGCUUCAACAGAGGUGCCCGAGGACAGAACACCCUACGCCAGCUGCUGGCACCUGUAGUGAAAGAAAUCAUAGAAGACAAGUCACUCAUUAUUAACACUAGUCCAGUUGACGUAUACAAGGCUUGGGUGAAUCAGCUGGAAACAGCCACUGGAGAAGCAAGUAAGCUGCCCUAUGAUGUGACAACGGAGCAGGCACUAUCUCACCCUGAAGUGAUUAACAGACUGGAAUCCUCAAUACAAAGCUUACGUACUGUGACCGAUAAAGUUCUCCAGUCCAUAAUCUCAUCUAUGGAACUUAUGCCCUACGGAAUGAGGUAUGUGGCCAAGGUUCUGAAAAAUUCUUUACAUGAAAAAUUCCCAGAUGCAACAGAAGAUGAACUAUUAAAGAUUGUUGGAAACCUCCUUUAUUACCGGUACAUGAACCCCGCUAUAGUGGCCCCAGAUGGAUUUGACAUCAUUGACAUGACAGCUGGUGGUCAGAUUCAUCCAGACCAGAGAAGGAACCUCGGUUCUGUUGCCAAAGUGCUUCAGCAUGCUGCUUCCAAUAAGCUAUUUGAUGGAGAAAAUACUCACCUGUCUUCCAUGAACAACUACCUGUCUCAGACCCACCAGAAGUUCAGAAAAUUCUUUCAAGCUGCUUGUGAAGUUCCAGAACCAGAGGAGAAAUUCAAUAUUGAUGAGUAUUCCGACCUGGUGACGCUAAGCAAGCCUAUCAUAUACAUCUCAAUAGAAGAGAUCAUCAAUACCCAUUCACUACUUUUAGAACAUCAGGAUGCAAUAUCACCGGACCACAAUGACGUUUUACAUGAGUUGUUGGAGGAUCUUGGAUCAGUCCCAGAUGUGGAGUCUUUUCUUGGUGAGGGUGCAGUUGAUUCUCACGAUCCUAAUAAGGAAAAUGCACUUGGUCAACUGGCCAAAACCGAAAUUUCCCUUACUUUAACAAGCAAGUUUGAUUUAAAAGACGGUGGGGAUCAAGACAUGAAGAGCAUGAUGAUCAAGACAAAGAAGUUGAUAGUUGAUGUAAUCCGCACGCAGCCUGGAGAAAAGCUCUUAGAGAUUUUAGAAACACCAGCUUCUUUGCCACAGGAAAAUGAACACUUAAAAGUCAUUGAGAAAAGAGCUGCACUUGAUGCCAAGACCCCUGAUAAAAUGAAGAGAAGUCAGUCUGUGUUUGAAGAUGGCCAGCUUCCCCUGGAACAGAAGAAGAGGAAAAUCCUGCGAAAUCUGCGGACAUUAGAACAAGCCGGGCUGGUGUCUGAGGAGAACAAGUAUCAAGAAAUAAUCAAUGAAAUUACAAAGGAUAUCCGAAACCAAAGACGACACCGGCAGAGGCGAAAAGCUGAACUUGUGAAGCUUCAGCAGACUCUCAAUGCUCUUAACUCCAAGACAGCAUUCUAUGAGGAUCAGAUAACUUAUUAUAACACUUAUAUCAAGGCCUGCCUGGAUAACUUAACUAGGAAGAAUUCAAGGCGUUCUAUUAAAAUGGAUGGGAAGGGAGAAGAGAAGACCAGCAAGAAGGUGAAGCAGUCAUCAUUGAAGUACACAGCAGCUAGACUACAUGAGAAAGGAGUGAUCCUGGAGAUAGAAGGCCUGCAAACCAAUCAGUUUAAAAACGUCUUAUUCGAUAUAACACCUGGAGAUGAAGUCGGAGAUUUUGAAGUUAAGGCAAAGUUUCUUGGGGUUGAAAUGGAAAAGGUUCAACUUCACUUUCAGGACUUAUUGCAGAUGCAGUAUGACGGUGUCGCUGUAAUGAAAAUUUUCGACAAGGCAAAAGUCAAUGUAAAUCUUCUGAUAUUUUUGCUCAAUAGGAAAUUUUAUGGAAAAUAAAUGCACCGACUGGUGAUAUAAUGGGACAGCUUACCACAAAUCGGUCAAACUAUUUUUUUGUAAUAUUUUUUUAAUUUAAUAUAUUAAUGAUUCAAAUCCUAUGGUGAACAAAAUCUAUUUGAAAUGAGAAAGAUUAAUAACCAAAAUUUUUAAAUCGGUUUGUAUUUUGGUGCCUUUAACCCCGUCAGUGUCAAAGGAAGCCGAAUCCUCUGGACACUGAAGCUUCACCCCUUCCAUGCCAAAUGGAAGUCGUAGUGCGUUACGGCACCAUAGCACCUCAGAUACUGCACAGAUGGAUCUGAUUUUACAAUGUGAAAUGCAAUUUAAACGCUUUUAGUUUUGCUAGAUUUCUAAAUUCACUGACCAAUUAAAUACACUAUGGAGGAAACUGAUCAUGUUAUCUAUUUUUUAAUACUGGAUUGAUAAAAUAAAUAAGUUGUAAAUGUGUUUUGAGUAAAAUAAGUGCUUAUUGUCUCUAGUGUUAAUAUCCACACAGCGGGCUGAUUGAACAUUUUCAAUGCAACCUAACAAAACCAUUUUUUUUCUUUUUGUUUUGUUUUUUAUGUUGGCACUGACUGCAGAUAAGUGACAUUUUGUCAUCCACAGAGGUGAAUUUUUUGGGAAUUUUGUAAUAUUUGUUGUUUUCUUAUAGAUAACACAUAAUUUAUAAAGAAAUACUUGAUGUAAUGAUCUGUUGCAUGAACCUGACUCUAGAUUUAAUGCACUACUGCCUACAUUGGUUUUUGUAUAAUAUUCUUUGUAGGCCGUACUGAAUGGCAGUGAGGUACCAUGGUAACGAUCGCUGUUUAGGGUUCAUAGGUUCCGUCACCCCAGUGCUGUGGUAUUAAAGGGGGUGAACUUUGCAUUGUAGUACAUUGUCUCCUCCCCUUGCAAUGAAAGAGUUACACAAGCUUAGUCUGUGCCUUUUAUAUGUCAAUCGCUCUGUCUUUGUAAUUUUUCUUUAUUUUUUAAUGCAAUAAAAUUCAUGGUUUCAAUAAAACAGA